AAAUCACUAAGUCCUUCCUGCAUCAAGACCGGCAAGAUGGCGGCGGACACGCAGGUUUCAGACACGCUCAAAAAAUUUGCUGUGAGUGUUACUACAGCAAGCGUGAAAGAGCGGAAGGAGAUAUUUAGAGACCUGAGGCAGUGCAUUAAGGGCAAAGAGUUACCAGAGCCUGCCAUCAAAGGACUAUGCAAACUCUUCUGCCUCACCCCACACAGAUAUCGGGAUGCUGCAUCGCGCAGAGAGUUGCUCUCGGCCAUUGCCCAACUGGCUGACAGUCAGCCUAAUAUCCUGGUAACCAGCCUCCUCCACUCCCUGAUGAACUGUGGAGUCACCAGCAAAAAUGGAGAGCCCAGUAAAAGCUCUGGCUCUGCAGCCUUCAUCGGCUUAUCUUGGACCUGUCUUUUAGUCCCCACCAUGUUUUCUGCCCCAGAGAAAAGGGAAGGAGCCACCUGGAAGAAAAUGGUGGAGGUUCAGAGCCUUUUAGUUGCUGAGGUGGUGGGCGGAGCCAAGACCAUGGCUAAGAAAUCAAGCCUUAAGAAUCUCAGUCACCUCUGGAGGAAAAACCCUGGACUGGUUGAUCAUUACAUCAGCACUCUGUUGUCUCUGGACCAGAGUCCUACAACUCUGGCUAUGCUUGGAGUGUGUCUAGACUUCUGUGCUGCUCAGAAAGACAAAGCUACAAUAGAGAAACACAAGAGUGCCAUGUUGGACCUCUACAUAAAGUCGGUCCUCAUGAGCAAGACAAAACCGCAGCAGCACAUUUUGGACAAAAGCGGCUCCUUGUUGCGUCAUGUGUCGCACUCCGAGUUCAAGGAGCUGCUGCUGCCUUCCAUGCAGAAGACGAUGCUCCGCAGCCCAGAGAACGCCAUGCAGACCAUUUCCUGCCUUCUGUCCACUGUAACUCUCGAUCUCAGUCAGUACGCCAUGGAUAUUGGAAAGGCCAUAGCAAGCCAGCUAAAAGCCAAUAAUGCCCAACUGAUGGAGGAAGCGGUCCAGGCCAUGCAGAACUUGGCCCAUCAGUGCAGCGACCCCACUGCUGUGCAGGACAUCGUCACACACCUCUUCAAGAUCCUCGGAGGGUCUGAGGGAAAGCUCACAGUUGUUGCCCAAAAGAUGAGUGUGUUGUCAGGAAUUGCCAGCUGCAGCCACCAUGCUGUGUCAGGAACCUCCAGCCAGACUCUCAGCUCUGCAGUAACUGUGAUGUUCAUCCCCUAUUUACAACAAGAAGUUCACGAGGGCACCUUGGUGCACGCAGUGUCUGUGCUCUCUCAGUGGAGCAGUCGCCUCACAGUGGAAGUUCCCGCUGCUCUGCUGGAUUGGUUUAAGAAAGCUUUCACCCUCAAGACCUCCACCUCACUGGUUCGACACGCCUACCUUCAGGCCACGCUGGGGGCCUUCAAAGGUGACAAUCUGGCCCAAGCCGCAGACCUCAUCCCCCUGCUCCUCCAAACAGUUGAGAAGGCUGCAGCACAAAACUCCCAGCAUGCUCUGCUCGCGGAAGGGGUGGCAGCUUCUGUUCUUUUGAGUCGCCUGGCUAUGCUGGAAUCACAAGCAGAAUCCAAAUUCACCAGUUUUUGGAACUUGGUGUUGGAUGAGAAGAAGCAACUGUUCACCACAGAGAAGUUCCUCUCCCAGGCCAGUGAAGAGACUCUGCUCACAGUGCUGCUGCUCUGUGAAAGGCUGUUUUUGGACCAUGCACACAGGCUCAACACCAGCAAGUCCCAGAUGUAUCAUCAUGCCACCGUCACAGUUCUGUUGUCACGGAGCUGGCGUGUGAGGAAGAGGGCUCAACAGACCAUCAGGAAGCUGCUGUCCUCUCUGGGCGGAUCCAACCUUGCCCAUGGACUUCUGGGAGAACUCAGAGUGGUCAUCAACAAACACAAAGUUUUACCCCAGGACGUCUUGGUGUCAGAGACUGGAGAGCUGACUGAGCUGGGUCGCAGCUACAUUCCCCCUCGUGUCCUGCUGGAUGCGCUGUGUGUCAUUUGCUCCGCAGCGAGCCAAUGGGGCGACCCAGCGGAAGCGGAGAAUUUGGCCAUGGAAAUCCUCAUAGUCACUCAUCAUCCAUCCAUAGUUGAAGCUCGCUCUGGUCUCUGGCCUGUUCUGCUCUCCUCCAUGAACUUAAAGGCAGAAGAAUUCAUAGAGAAGAAUCUGGAGGCUAUCCUGCCACAUCUGCUGGAGGUCAAUGCCGACAACCAGGCCGUGAAAAACGCAGUGGGAGCCUUGUCUGCAAUCUCCCCCAACAAGCUGUUGCCACGUAUCAUCAGUCACGUCACAGAGGGGCUCUCCCAACCCGCUCUGCUUCUGGUCACCAGGGAGGAGUACGCCAUCAUGCUGACGCCCGAGGGAGAACUGUAUGACAAUACCAUCAUCCAGAGUGCCCAGAAGGAAAACACCAAGAAAGUAAACAUGAAGAGGGAGAACAAGGCCUACUCCUACAAGGAACAGAUCAUAGAACUGGAGUUACAAGAGGAGAUGAAGAAGAAAAAAGGCAUCAAAGAUGAGGUGCAGCUAACCAGCAAACAGAAGGAAAUGAUGCAGCUGCAGCUGGAAAAGGAGUCUGCGAUUCGCAAAAAGCUUCAAGGGCUGGACGCGGAGCUUCAGAGUUUGGUGGGUCUGGUCGAAGCCGUUCUAAAAGAGAGACCAGCUGAGCUCACCAGGGAGCUCCCCUCUGUCCUCCAGGGUCUAAUACCCCUGCUCAACUCCCCUCUGGCUGCCCCACGCAUCCAGCAGGUGUUCUUGGACACCGGGGUGUGCCUCAUGCCCAAACACCUUCAUCAUCUGGCUGUACUUGUGGGUCAUGUGACUUUACGACUGCUCAAACCUGAGUGUGAUCUGGACCAGGCCUGGGAACAAGAGGACCUGGACACAGCAACGCACCGCACUGUACAGCUACUGCAUAACCACACUGUCCCCCAGAGAGACGGCAAGACAGGCGAUGUGUCUCCACUCUCGGCUCCGGCCUUUUCUUUCUGCUUCCCUCUCCUCAACGCAACACUGAGGGAUCUUUCAGGCAGCACUGAAGAGACCGAGAACCUGAUGAUCAGAGCGCUGCAAGUCAUCAACGAACACUCGCAGCUUCGGGCCAGCACAAACUGUGAUGACAUUGUUAUAGACGAGAACGGCCCAGAACUGCUUCCACGUGUCAAUAUGCUGGUGCUUCUGACCAGAGUUAUUUCCACAGCCACUCCCAGACUUCAGGUUUUGGCGUCUCAGUGCCUGACAGCUUUGUGCGCCAGUGCUGGAGGAGAUGAAGGCUGCACUGUGGCAGAGCAGGCUGAGAUAGACGUCCUGCUCAGCGCCCUGCUUUCACCCUGCUUCUCUGUCCGCGAUGCGGCCCUUAGGGGGCUGUUGGAGAUGGAGUUUGCCCUGCCUACAGACAGCUCAGAGGCCAGUGGGAUGAGUUUGCUGCGAAGGCUUUGGGUUGCCAAGUUUGACGUUGAGGAAGAGGGGAGAGCCUUGGCUGAAAAACUCUGGGAGUCUCUGGGUCUGGAGUUGGUCCCUGAGCUCUGCUCACUGCUGAUUGGAGACGUCACCCACCACGAGGAGGCCAUCCGUUCUGCUGCAGCCGACGCUCUGUCAAGCGCCGUGUCCCAGUACACAGACCAGUCUGCUACAGUGCUCGGCCAGCUCACUGGGCUCUACCACGAGAAACUUUAUAGGCCACCUCCUGUGCUGGAUGCUCUAGGCAGAGUUAUCUCUGAAGCUCCACCCGACAAGUGGGAGGCCAGGUGUGGCAUCGCUCUAUCUCUAAACAAGCUGUCACAGUACCUGGAUGAGUCUCAGGUCACCCCUCUCUUCCUCUUCUUUGUUCCCGAUGCUCUGAAUGAUCGCCACACUGAGGUCCGCCGCUGCAUGUUGGACGCUGCACUCUCAGCGCUCAACACUCACGGAAAGGACAAUGUGACCUCCCUGCUGCCAGUGUUUGAGGAGUUUCUGAAGAACGCCCCUCAAGAUGCUAGCUAUGACUCUGUCCGUCAGAGUGUGGUUAUUCUAAUGGGCUCGCUCGCCAAACAUCUGGACAAGAGUGACCCCAAGGUCAAACCCAUCGUAGCCAAGCUUAUCACUGCACUCUCUACACCUUCACAGCAGGUCCAGGAGUCUGUGGCCAGCUGUUUACCUCCUUUGGUCCCUGCCAUUAAAGAGGAUGCUGCAGGGAUCGUACGAAACCUGUUGCAGCUGCUGCUGGAGAGCGACAAAUACGCUGAGAGGAAAGGAGCCGCGUAUGGACUGGCUGGACUGGUCAAAGGUCUCGGGAUCCUGGCGCUCAAACAGCAGGAGAUCAUGACCACACUAACGGACGCCAUCCAGGAUAAGAAAAACUUCAGGCGGAGGGAAGGAGCCCUGUUUGCAUUCGAGAUGCUAUGUAACAUGUUGGGGAAACUGUUUGAGCCGUACGUGGUCCAUGUGCUGCCACACCUCCUGCUCUGUUUUGGAGAUGGAAACCAGUAUGUUAGAGAGGCUGCAGAUGACUGUGCUAAGGCUGUGAUGAGGAACCUGAGUGCCCAUGGAGUGAAGCUGGUCCUGCCUUCCCUACUCGUGGCCCUGGAGGAGGAGUCCUGGAGAACUAAAGCAGGCUCGGUAGAGUUGUUGGGUGCCAUGGCUUACUGUGCACCCAAGCAGUUGUCCUCCUGCCUGCCCAGCAUCGUGCCCAAGCUGACAGAGGUGCUGACUGACUCCCACGUGAAGGUGCAGAAGGCUGGGCAGCAAGCCCUCCGACAGAUCGGCUCAGUUAUCCGUAAUCCUGAAAUCCUGGCCAUCACUCCCAUCCUGCUGGACGCUCUCACCGAUCCAUCUAAAAGGACCCAGACGUGCCUGCAGACGCUGCUGGACACAAAGUUUGUCCACUUCAUCGAUGCCCCGUCCCUGGCCCUCAUCAUGCCCAUCGUUCAGAGAGCCUUCCAGGACCGCUCCACUGACACGCGCAAGAUGGCCGCUCAGAUCAUAGGCAACAUGUAUUCCCUUACUGACCAAAAGGACCUGUCACCCUACCUGCCUAGUGUUAUUCCUGGACUGAAGGCCUCUCUGUUGGACCCUGUGCCAGAGGUUCGCACGGUCUCAGCUAAAGCCCUGGGUGCCAUGGUGAAGGGCAUGGGUGAAUCCUGCUUUGAUGACCUGCUGCCGUGGCUCAUGGAGACUUUGGCCUCUGAGCAGAGCUCUGUCGACCGCUCUGGAGCGGCACAAGGUCUAGCUGAGGUGAUGGCUGGUCUGGGAGUAGAGAAGCUGGACAAGCUGAUGCCAGAUGUAGUGCAGACAGCCAGCAAGGUGGACAUCGCUUCCCAUGUCAGAGACGGCUACAUCAUGAUGUUCAUCUAUCUGCCACUCACCUUUGGAGAUAAAUUUACUCCCUACGUCGGGCCCAUCAUCCCCUGCAUUCUUAAGGCUCUGGCUGAUGAGAAUGAGUAUGUAAGAGACACGGCACUGCGAGCCGGCCAACGCAUCAUCAGCAUGUACGCCGAGACCGCCAUCGCACUGCUGCUUCCUGAGCUGGAGCAAGGCCUGUUUGAUGACCUGUGGAGAAUCAGGUUCAGCUCUGUACAGCUACUUGGAGAUCUGCUUUUCCAUAUCUCUGGAGUAACGGGAAAGAUGACCACAGAGACUGCCUCCGAGGAUGACAACUUUGGAACUGCUGCAUCCAAUAAAGCUAUCAUUUCUGCUCUGGGUGCGGAGCGUCGUAACCGAGUCCUCUCAGGUCUCUACAUGGGCCGCUCAGACACACAGCUGGUGGUCCGACAGGCUUCCCUCCAUGUGUGGAAGAUUGUGGUGUCCAACACCCCUCGAACUCUGCGAGAGAUUCUCCCAACCCUCUUCACUCUCCUCCUGGGCUUCCUGGCUUCUACCUGCCCUGACAAGAGAACGAUCGCUGCUCGGACACUGGGUGAUCUGGUGAGGAAGCUGGGAGAGAAGAUUCUUCCGGAGAUCAUUCCCAUCCUGGAGGAGGGCCUGCGCUCCGAUAAGAGCGAUGAGAGACAGGGUGUCUGCAUCGGCCUCAGUGAGAUCAUGAAGUCCACCAGCAAAGACGCGGUGCUUGUCUUCUCUGAGUCGCUGGUCCCCACAGUGAGGAAAGCUCUGUGCGACCCCCUGGAGGAAGUCCGAGAAGCUGCAGCUAAAACCUUUGAGCAGCUGCAUGCAACCAUCGGUCACCAGGCGCUGGAUGACAUCCUGCCCACACUGCUCAAACAGUUGGAUGAUGAGGAUACAGCCGAGUUUGCUUUGGAUGGCCUGAAGCAAGUCAUGGCGGUGAAGAGUCGCUCUGUGCUGCCUUACUUGGUUCCAAAGCUGACGGCUCCUCCUGUGAACACUCGGGUGUUGGCCUUCCUGUCUGCUGUGGCUGGAGAUGCUCUGACCCGCCACCUAGGGGUCAUCCUGCCCGCCAUUCUCUCCUCUCUUAAAGGAAAGCUAGGAACAGAGGACGAAGCCCAGGAAUUGUGCAGCUGUCAAACAGUGAUCCUCUCUGUGGAAGAUGAGGUGGGUCAGCGGAUCAUCAUAGAGGACCUGCUGGAAGCCACUCGAGGACCCGACCCUGGCUCCAGACAGGCCGCCGUCACAAUCCUUAAUGCCUACUUUGCUCGCACCCGCCUGGACUAUAGUGCCCACACACGCACACUACUGUCAGGGCUCAUCCGCCUUCUUAAUGACUCCAACCAAGAGGUCUUGUCUCAAAGCUGGGACACCAUCAACUCCAUCACCAAGAAAUUGGACACGAGCAGCCAGCUUGCUCUCAUCGAUGAUCUGCAUCGAGACAUAAGAUCAGCAGCUGCAGAUGUGAAGGGUCAACAUCUACCUGGUUUCUGUCUGCCCAAGAAGGGUGUGACCUGUAUCCUGCCGGUCCUGAGGGAAGGCGUCCUCACUGGCAGCCCCGAGCAGAAAGAAGAGGCAGCUAAGGCAUUAGGAGGGGUCAUCAAACUCACAUCCCCUGAGGCGCUACGGCCCUCGGUCAUCAACAUCACCGGACCCCUUAUUCGAAUCUUGGGAGACCGCUUCGCCUGGACAGUGAAGACUGCUUUGCUUGAGACUCUCACCCUGCUGCUGGCAAAGGUGGGCAUUGCCCUCAAGCCCUUCCUGCCCCAGCUCCAGACCACCUUCCUGAAGGCGCUGCAGGAUUCAAGCCGUGCAGUGAGGUUGAGAGCUGCAGAGGCUCUGGGCCAACUGGUUUCAAUCCACGCCAAAGUCGACCCGCUCUUCACUGAGCAACUGGCAGCGAUCCGUAACGCUGAGGACUCUGGAGUCAGGGAGACAAUGCUCCAGGCCUUAAGGUUUGUCAUCCAGGGGGCUGGAUCAAAGGUGGACCCAGCCAUCCGCAAGAAUAUCACCACCACAUUACUAGGCAUGCUGGGACAUGAUGAGGAUGCAACUCGUAUGGCCUCAGCCGGCUGUGUCGGUGAGCUGUGUGCCUUCCUGUCAGAGGAGGAGCUGAAGAGUGUGUUACUUCAGAAUGUCUUGGCGGACGUGUCUGGUGUGGACUGGAUGGUGCGUCAUGGUCGUAGCUUGGCCCUGGCUAUAGCUGUUAAAUGUGCUCCUGAGAAGCUGUGUGCCAAGGAAUACUGUGAUACUGUGACCGAGGCCAUUCUGGCCAACGCCACUGCUGACAGGAUUCCCAUAGCAACCAGUGGUAUCAGGGCUAUGGGAUUCCUGAUGAGACAUCAUUUCCGAACAGAGGGAGGCAGCGGUGUUUCCCAACGCUUCAUCACGCAGUUUGUUAAGUGUCUUCAGAAUCAGUCCAGUGACAUCAGACUGGUGUCAGAGCGGGUCCUGUGGUGGAUUUUCAAAGACCCAUCAAUACCCGCCAUGGAGACUGGCCUCAUCAAGCCCGUACUAAAGAGUCUGCUGGACAACACCAAGGACAAGAACACCAGCGUCAGAGCCCAGAGCGAGUACACGAUUGUGAACCUGCUGAGACUCCGCCAGGGAGAGGAAACCAUGCAGAGUGUUACUGCCAUUCUGGACACUGCAAGUAAUGACCUACUGUCCGAGUGUCACCGCCGGUCUCUGAAGAAAAUCGCCAGCCUGCCGGACUCCAAUGAAGAGAUCGAUGACACCAUCCUAACAUGAUGGAGCAGGACUAAAAAAAAAUAAAGUGACAUCCAGUAAAGUCAACAGAAGCUUUUCUAAUGUAUUAAAACAAAUCUCCAGCACACGUGCCUCGCCUUCGUGGGGCUGAGGCUGAGAUGUGCAGACUGGAUUUCCCCAACAAGUUAUUUUUUGUUUUGUUUUCUUUCUCACUUUAGUUCCAUGAUUAUUUUAGCGGCCUUUAAGCCCAACUUCUUUAUUUUAUCUUGCAACGUGCAGGUUAUUCUCCUGUACUGAAUUACAUUAGGAAGACACAAAUGCCAAAUAACAUUUCAGUGUUUUGCUACUUAAUUUUUACCGAAACUAUGUCAAGCAUUUAAGAUGCCACAGUAAAGAAAUCACCCCUAUCUUUUGGUUUUAUUUCGACUUUUGUGGGGAAAGCAACCUCUUGUAAGACAACAAAUCGUUCUUAUGUCAGCGAAACGGUUGUAAAAAGGCAAUGCAAAAUAAAAAGUUGAUGAUUUCA